UUUCUGAUAAAAUUAUCAAUUGAAACAUUAAUGGGAGAAAAUUUAAGAUUUUCACUAUCAGUUAGCGUCUAGAAGUAAAAACGCGUGUAGGUUUUUUCACUAAACAAAAUUUGUAAAGUGUGAACAUGGAAGUUACUAAACACUUUUUCGAAGGCGUGGAAAAGCUCUUAGAGAUCUGGUUUGCAGAUACCGAUUAUAACAAAAGUCGUGAUUUGCGUAAGGUACCGCGCUGUGUUUGGGAAACCUUAUUACAGGCUGUUAAAUGUGAAAUUAUAAGUUUUGCCCGCAACCACACGGUAGAUGCGUAUGUGCUAAGCGAGAGUAGCAUGUUCAUAUCAAAACGAAGAUGGAUUUUAAAAACGUGCGGAACCACUACACCGUUGAGCUGUUUAAAGCCUCUAUUAAAUUUGGCUAAGCAAAUGGGUUUUACGGAAGUGAGUGAUGUCUUUUAUUCUCGUAAAAAUUUUUCCAGGCCGGAAUUGCAAUUAUUUCCUCAUCGAGGAUUUUGCGAAGAGGUGGCAUUCUUAGAUUCAGUAUUUGAAAAUGGCCGCUCGUAUUGUUUGGGUUCUAUCAAUCAUGAGUGUUGGUAUUUGUAUACCCUUAGCCACCCGGAGCGAGGUGAACGUAUGCAAAUGACAGAACCAGCAAUUCCUAAACUUGAAAGUUGUUCUGAACCCGAUCAAACCAUAGAGGUAUUAAUGCAAAACUUGGAUCCUAAAAUAAUGAAUAUUUUUACUAAACAACAUUCUGACGAUGCUAAAGAGGCUACGAUUAAUAGUAAAAUCCAUCAAAUUCUCCCCGGUAUGGAAAUCGAUGAUUUUCUCUUCGAUCCCUGCGGUUAUUCUAUGAAUGGCAUUAACGAACGUGGUGAGUAUAUGACCAUACAUAUAACUCCCGAACAUCAAUUUUCGUAUGUCAGUUUUGAAAGCAACGUGGCUUUGAACAAUUAUGCUGAACUCAUCAAUCGUGUGAUAAAAACAUUUCUACCAUCUAAAUUUAUCAUAACUAUAUUUGCAAAUAAAUCGUCAGAAGGCUAUGCUACUAUGCGAGAAUUGGAAGUCACCGAUAUGUUUCAAUGGCAACGCACCGAUAUGCAAUGUUGUAAUUUUCCAUCGUACAAUUUAUUGUUUGCCCAAUAUGUAAUAAACAAUUGUUCUCUGUCCUGUCCCGACAGCGAUGAACAGAUAGACGACGCUCAUUAACAUUAUGCAAAUGUUCGCUUGAGCGUUCCCCUAUUUUAAUUUUUGUUAAUUAUUUGAUGAAUUCAAAUAUUAUAAGCGAUAAAUUUAAUUUUUUAUGUUAAUGCAAACCUGUUAAUACAAUUUAA